UUGGGGUGCCUGAGUUUUUAAGGAAGCCUUAAAUCAUGGCAUGGAAAGGGGGACUUUAUACAUGUGAGGAUCCAGCCUCCUGGAAGGCCAUUUUGAACAUUUACCAGGAUGUGGUUGCAGCUGUGGGAAGCAAGAAAAAGAAACUCAUUGCUUUGGAUCAGUGGUACCAAGAGGAGUUGCCUGGGGUUCUUGCAGAGCGCGAGGAAAAAUACCUGACGAAAGAGGAAUUGCUGAGACUCAUGGAGUGGAAGCUAACUAGAGGCAAAUUUCGGCCUCGCUUGCAGCAGCUGGUGGCCACUAAUUCGAGCGAGAUGGUGGAGAAGCAUACCAGAAAAGCUUUCCACCGACUCCCGGACGUAGAGGCUGCCGUGAAGGAGUUGAAUGAACUGAAGGGUGUCGGACCAGCAACUGCUUCAGCCAUUCUCGCUGCUGGAGCACCUGAAAUGGCGGCAUUCAUGGCAGACGAAGUGGUGGAGUCUCUCCCAGGCCUCGGUCCUCUUCAGUACACCCUUAAACAUUAUCUGCUUUAUCUGGACGGGAUUCAGAGCCGUGCCAAAAAACUGAACAACGGUAACACCACGGAAACGUGGUCGGCUCACCUUGUGGAGAAAUGCCUCUGGGCCUGGGCUUGGGCUGAAAAGCUGCAUUUGCCAUUCUCGCAGCUCGCAGGCCCAGGGGAGAACCAAGCAGGCGGUGGCAAGGAAGGAGACAGACCCCGGAAGAAACAGAACCAAAUGAAGGCUUCCUGGGUCCUGCAACGGGAUCAACACCUGCUCCUUGGCACGUGGAUGCCAGAGCUGAGCAACGCACCCGAGGGAAGUUUGCUGACUUUGAGACCAGCCACAGCAGCACACAGCAACCAGCACAGCGCAGUUUUCACGAAAACAGAAUGCGGGGGUUGUAGGACAUAGUGCGUUGGAAACCCUGUUGAUCUUUCUUUCUUUCUUUUCUUUUUUAAAGAACUUGAUUAUUUUUCAAAGCAUAGUUAAAAUACAAAAUAGGGUAUAGACCUAAAGAAGGAAGGGAGACUAUAAAAGUGCCAAGUCAGAAAGGGAUAGAAAAGGAAAGUGACUUCCGACCUCCGAUACAGAUAUAAACGCAAUUACCAAUAUAAUCUUAGUUAAACUUUAGCCACAUUAUUUCUAUAAAAU